CAGUAAAACUUUUUUUCAAAAUACACACAGUAUUAAUUUUAAAAGUAAUACUUUUUGUAAUAAUAAAACAAACAAUAAAUUAUUAAAUAAUCAACUUUAUAAUUGUAAUAUAAAUAAUAAUAAUAAUAACAAUAAUAAUAUUCAAUAUAAAUAUUUUACAACAACAUUAAAUAAUAAUAAAUAUUUUAAAAUGGAUACAACCAAUAAAUUAUUUUUUCCAAAAUCAAAAGAAGAGUUUACAAAAUUAUCAGAUGAACUCAUCAAAACUUAUGAUCAAGGUUUACAAACAAUCAUUGAUAUUCCAAAAGAAAAGAAAACUUUUGAAAAUACAUUCGAUGCUACUGAAAGAUUAAACGUUGCCUAUAGUAUUAAAUACUCAGCCCUUACUUUCCCAUCCAGUGUUAAUGUCGAUAAAGAAAUUAGAGAUAUCUCAAACGAAGUCGAAUCUGUGCUAUCAAAACAUUCCAUCGAAAAUUCCAUGAGAGAAGAUCUUUAUCAAGCCUACGUCCAAUGUUGCCAACAAAAUAACGACUUUAAAGAUUCAUCACUUACAGAAGAACAAAAAAGAUAUGUAAAAAAGACUCUUGAAGGUUUCGAAAAGAAUGGUUUACAAUUACCAAAAGAAAAGAGAGACGAAUUAAAAGCUAUCAAGACCGAAAUCUCUGAUCUCUGUAUUCAAUUUAGCAAGAAUUUAUCCGAAGAUAAAACCAAAUUAUCCUUUAGUCCAGACCAAUUAAAAGGAGUUCCAAAAGAUAUUGUAGAAUCACUUGAAAAGGACGAAAGUAAAGAAGGUAAUUAUUUCGUUUCACUCAAAUAUCCAGAGAUUCAACCAGUAAUUAAAUAUUGCUCAGUCCCAGAAACUAGAAAGGCUGCAGAGUUUGCCAAUGCCAGUAAAUGUAUGAAAGAAAACACCCCAAUCUUAGAAAAAACAAUGCAACUUCGUUAUAAAGCUGCACAAAUUUUAGGUUACAAAGAUUGGGCUUCAUUCAAGUCACACUAUUUAAUGGUCCAAACAAAUGAAAACAUUCAAGCCUUUACCAAAAGAAUGGUAGACCUUUUACAACCACAUGGUAGAAUCGAAUUCGAAAAAUUAAAGGAAUUAAAGAAACAAGACUACUUAGAAAAAGGUUUGGAGCAUGACGGUAACUUUUACUCAUAUGACUAUGUUUAUUAUAGCAAUUUAAUGUUGGUCAAGGAUUAUCAGGUCGAUAACAACCUUGUCAAAGAGUAUUUCCCAAUGGAUGUUGUUUUCAAAGGUAUUUUUGAUAUCUACCAAGAUUUACUUUCAGUCAAAUUCACCGAAGAAAAACCAAUUGAAUCAUGGCACGAGGAUGUUAAAAUGUACUCUGUUUCCGAUUCAACCGAUGGCAGAUUUAUGGGCUAUUUUUAUUUAGAUCUUUUCCCAAGAGAUGGCAAAUACACUCAUGCUGCUGUAUGGCCACUUAUUGAAGGUUUUAGAAGAGGAAAUGAAGGACAAGUUCCAGUUGCAAGUAUGGUUUGUAACUUUACUAAGCCAACAGCCACUGCUCCAUCACUUUUAACUCACGAUGAAGUUGUUACUGCUUUCCACGAAUUUGGCCAUGUUAUGCAUAAUAUGUCAACUAAAGUUUCAUAUUCAAUGUUCAGUGGUACAUCAGUUGAAAGAGAUUUUGUUGAAUGUCCAUCACAAUUAUUUGAAAAUUGGUGCUGGGAUAAAGAUAUCCUCGUAAAUAAAUUAUCAGGUCACUAUAAAGAUAACUCAAAGAAAUUACCAGGUGAUUUAGUUGAUCGUAUGGUUGCUUCAAAGAACCUCAAUAUUGCCCUCUUCUAUCUUCGUCAAUUACAAUACUCUACUUUUGAUAAUACUAUCCAUGGUAGUAACCCAGAAAACUUUGUCAAUACCGCUGAUCUCUUCCGUCAAAUCCAAACCAAUAUCUUUUUAAAUCCAAACCAAAAAGGUACCCAUCCAGGUGCUUCCUUUGAACAUGUUAUGGGUGGUUACGAUGCUCAAUAUUACUCAUACAUGUUUUCAGAAGUCUUCUCUGCUUCAAUCUUUGAAAAGUUCCAAGAGAAAGGUGUUAUGAAUAAAGAGCUUGGUAAAAAACUUCGUGAUCUUGUUUUAGCUGUUGGUGGUUCUCAAGAUUCAAACGUCACAAUCAGAUCUUUCUUAGGCGAAGCUCCAAAGGAAUCAGCUUUCUUAAAAACAAUUAAUUUAGCUUAAACUUAAAUAAAAAGAUAAAUAGAUUUAAUAAACCACAG